CAAACUCUUUUAAUCAGUUCAACUUCAACAACUAUAUAUUAUAUUUCAGUAUUUCUGAAGCUUCUCACCAAAUAAACAAGAAAACCAAAAUGGGGCCUUUCCCCUCCGACAAACCCCAACAACUUUCCGACCAAUCUCAAUCGGAGCUCCGGUCAGAUUCAUCUCUGAACUCUAGAUCUUCUCUCUCUUCACAAUCAAGUCUCCGUUCAGUCCCCUCCCUAACACCACCCCUCGAGCACUACUUAUAUCCCCACACCAGUACCACCACCGCCCACGCCGGCGGCGCCUCCGCCCACCACCACUACGUAGCCACUAUUAAAUCCCACUCUUCCUCCGUCUUCUCCCUUUCACUCGCCGGCAAACACCUCUACUCCGGCGACUCCAACGGAGAAAUCCACGUACGGGAUGCUCACAGUCACAGUCCAUCGCCGCCGUCGUCCCACAAUAAUAACCACCAGCCAGUGGCAGAGUGCCGCAGCGCAGUCAAAUCCAUGGCAAUCUCCGGCGAGAAUCUCCUAUUCACGGCGCACCACAACCACGAGAUCCGCGUCUGGAAAAUCGACAACUCCUCCGCCCCCAACGGCCCCCGGAGACCACCGUACAAGCUGAUCAAGACUCUACCCACCAUGACCGACCGCUGCCUGGGUCUGUUCUCCUCCGGCGGCCACGUCAGCGUCCGCCGCCACAAGAAAUCCACGUGGGUCCGCCACGUGGACGCCGUCUCGGCCCUCGCACUAACGGCGGACGCCACCCUGCUGUACUCCGCCUCGUGGGACCGCACGUUCAAAGUGUGGCGGACGUCGGAUUUCAAGUGCCUGGAGUCCGUACAGAACGCGCACGACGAUGCGAUCAACGCCGUCGCUCUAUCCGGCGACGGGUUCGCCUACACGGGCUCCGGCGACAAGAGAAUCAGGGUUUGGAAAAAGAACGGCGGCGAUAAAAAAAGACACUCGCUCGUCGCCACACUCGAAAAGCACAGAUCGGCCGUGAACGCGCUGGCCCUGAGCGCCGACGGCGCCGUACUGUACUCCGGCGCAUGCGACAGAUCGAUCAUACUGUGGGAGAGGGACGGCGGCACCGCCCAUAUGGCGGUGGUGGGGGCGCUGAGGGGACACACGAAGGCUAUCCUGUGUUUGGCGGUUGUGUCGGAUUUGCUGUGCAGUGGAUCGGCUGAUAGAACAGUGAGAAUAUGGAGGAGAGAGAGUGGUAAUAGUAAUUCUGGGAGUGGUAAUAGUUAUUCUUGUUUGUCUGUUUUUGAAGGGCACAAUAAUCCGGUCAAGUGUUUAACGGCAUGUUUGGAUAUUAAUUAUGUGAAAAGCAGUGAUAAUUCUGGCACUUCUUAUAUGGUUUAUAGUGGCUGUUUGGAUUCUGAGAUUAAAAUUUGGAAUCUUUGGGUUCCUAUUACCUAGAUAUAAUUAAUUUUUUUUUUGUUUCCCUUUUCUUUUUAUUUUUAUUUUCGAUAUAAUUAGUGUAAAUCGUGUGUAUACUAUUUUGAUUGCCAAAUUUUUU